UUUUGUAAUAAUAAAAAAAAAACGAAUGAACGAAGCAAACCAAAGAAAGAAACUGAAAACAGUGGAAAACUGAAAACCAUCACACUGUUCGUCACCAUAUAACCAUUUCCGAACCACCGCCGCCGAUCGCCACCGCAUCCCGGCGACUCCGCGUCACGGAAACCGUGAAGGCUUGAUAGUUGGACGUUUGAACCAUUCGUAUAAAAUGGUUUCCUUUGAAAUGAAUGAUCGAAAGAAGAUUGGAUUGGGAUUAACGGGCUUUGGUAUCUUUUUCUCAUUCCUUGGUAUUAUCUUCUUCUUCGACAAGGGAUUUCUAGCAAUGGGAAAUAUCCUCUUUGUUUCUGGAGUAUCCCUGACCAUUGGACUGAAUUCCACAAUGCAAUUCUUCAUGAAACGUAGUAAUUUCAAGGGAACAAUUUCAUUUGGUAUUGGAUUCUUUAUUCUUAUCCUUGGAUGGCCUAUUCUGGGCAUGAUAUUGGAGUCAUAUGGGUUCAUCAUACUCUUCAGUGGUUUCUGGCCUACACUGGCUGUUUUCUUGCAGAAGAUCCCUGUUCUUGGUUGGUUGUUUCAACAGCCUUAUGUUCGAUCGUUAUUGGACCGCUAUAGAGGCAGACGGGUGCCUGUGUAACACGUGGAACUGUAGAACUUUAUGUAGCUUCUAGCAAGCGCAUAUGUAAGUCAGUGUAAAGAAAAUAUGGAGACCUUACUCUGAAUUCUGAUGGUAGAAAAUUGUCAGUCAUUUUGUUCAAAGGAAAAAGGUUUUGGUAUUCAUUUUACAAUUCCUUUUUAGCCCUUUUUGAUUCUCAAGCUUUAUGGAAAAUCAAUUGAUUAUUCGGAGUUGUCUGUUCUUCAACUUCAUCUGCAUUACUAGUCAAAUCUGACAGACAUCUUUGGAAAGGUUUCUGUAUCGGGGUGUUACAGUGGCAUUUGUUUACAGUUCGUCAGAGGAAUAUAGCAUUUUAAAAUGAUAUUAAAUGGUGUUAGUGCAGCAAUAUGGGACUUGAUAUUUUUUUAUUUCUUUAUUUGUAAUGUACUCUUCCAGUGAGAGUUGGCAUUGGCUGUGGAAUUAAAUUUAUUGAAAUAUAAAUAUCUUCCUAUUAAUUA